CAGUCAAAUGUGACACUUGUUAGUUUCUUUUUUUUACGCUACGACGUUGAACUGCCAAAAUUACCAACCGGUGUGUAAAAGUGUCUUGUGCAAACGAAGAUGGCAAAAACAUACGAUUAUCUGUUCAAGUUGUUACUGAUAGGUGAUUCAGGUGUGGGCAAGACAUGUGUGUUGUUCAGGUUCUCCGAAGACGCUUUCAAUACGACAUUCAUAUCCACGAUAGGUAUCGAUUUCAAAAUAAGGACGAUAGACUUAGAUGGUAAAAAAAUUAAAUUGCAAAUAUGGUGA